UGAUUUGGAGAGCUCAGCAAGGCCGGCGAUGGAGGACGAGCCUUUGCCUCCCGAAUCGGAGGUUCCUUCGUCUCCGGCCACCGCUCCGGUUCGGUUGGUAGACUGUGUGGAAGACCUUCUCUUCUUCACUCUCUCCUCACACCUUGAUGGAUCUCUAGAUGUGGAUCUUGGGCUCGCCAAUGACUACUGUUCUCGUCUCCUCCAAACUGAUCCCCUUCCCGUUGAUUCCAAUAUCGGAGAUGAUUGUAGAGGAGUUCCAAUGUAUCCUCUAUAUAAGCAUUUGGCUCAUUCUCUGGAGCGAUCUUUAAGUUCUGGAACUUUUGUGAGAGUGCCAGACUCUGAUGAUGAGUUGUUAAAGAUGAAGGAAGAUGAAUGGAGUAAAUUAUUAUUGGAAAAUGGAUCGGAGUUGAUGAAGAUCUUUGAAGCUGUUAACUUUGAGCUCCAUGUUCAGGAACCUUUCUUCUCACAGCUAAAAGCUGGCUUAAAAAUUGUUGAAGGGAGAUGCGCUGUCGGUGAUUACAAUAGAAUUGCUCCAGGUGCUUCUCUUCUCUUCAACAAAGCCCUUGUUGUUGAAGUUCAGCAUGUUAACAGGUACAAUUCAUUCUCUGAGAUGUUGCAAGUGGAGACUCUUGCUAAGGUCCUCCCGGGGGUUCAAACUAUUGAGGAAGGAAUACAGAUCUACAGGAAGUUUUAUACAGAGGAGAAAGAAAGGACGAAUGGCGUCCUAGCAAUUUGUGUAUCCAAACCAGCUUCUCAACCCUAUGUUCACAUGGCUAAGCUUCUCACUGGGCUGGGAUAUGAUGGAUUGAAUUUCCUUCUUGGUAUGGGGCAUACUAAUGGAACAGUUACUGAUGCUCUGCCUCCUCCCAGAUCAGUCCUUAUAGCGUCUGCCAUGAAACCUUUUCGGCCAAAUGUUAAAGGUUCUUCCUUGACUAAUGCGGCAAGAGCUUUGGCUAAACAUGUUAACAGGAGCAGUAAUGGAUGGUGGGGAAAUUUUUCUGGAAGUGAUUCAGAUAAAAACAGACUAGCAUUAGAAGUCAUCAACUGCUUGCUAACUAAUUGCUCCUGGAUGAACAUCCAUCUAAUGCAACCCUACGGAUGUGUGUUUGAGAUUCGGGUUUCUGAAGGUUAUGGUGCGCGUUGGUCUCAGGAUGGUUCAAAGUUCAUGGGGUUUUUAGAGCCAUAUGUGGAGGAAGGUCAUUCCAAGGGGUGGAAACAUUAGAAUUAUUUUCCAGUAUUUCAAUGAAAUUUAUUUCUGGGACUUAAUGUGUUUCUUUGUUUGCCUUUUCUUUUCUAAUUAUUCCCUUUUUUUAUAAUGUUAUUUUAUUGAAUUUGAGAGUGUUUAUUA